UAAAACGGAUGGAGUUACUGGGUAAGCUCCUCUUGCGUCGGUCUUUGAGGAGAUAAGGGGCAAUGACGAGGGGACCCACCACCAUCCCUCCUUUUCCUCUCGUUUUCGACCAGCAAAACACGAUACCCGUAAUCUGAUCUCUGUAAAAUGCAAUUUUAGUCUCCAGAUUUUGUUUCCUUAUCUGAAGUCACUUCAAUUAACUGCUCCUUUCCUUUACAAGAAUCAUUUGGAUAACACUAACUCCAAUUCCCUAAUUUGUGUUCUUUUACUAAAACUUAGGGUUUUGAAUUGACAUUGUAUUUUAGAACGAGGUAGUUAAUCUUCUUUUUUUCUUGUUUAAUUACUUGUUGUACUAUACUUUUUCUUUAUGCAAUUUGAAUUAGGCAUGGUCGCUUGGCGAAAGCUUACAUUGUACUACCGUAGCUAUUCACCAAUUGAAAAAGGGAAUAUGAUCCAAGAUUCAGCUGCCAGUAGUGGUGGUUUUGGCAGUUGGGGUCCUAAUUUUUCCGACCAGGCGGUUUGGGCUACUGAGGAUGAUUAUAGAGCCUGGAACAGUAAUGAAACUUCUUCCAAUUCCCAGAACCGGUCUGGGAGUGAGCCUCCCAACAAGAAAUCUAGGAAUGUGCAAGGUUUAGAUCCCCGCGAUAUUGUUACCAGUAGCUCUAAAGCAAUCGGAAAGAUGUUCUAUAAAACUAAAUUGUGUUGUAAGUUCCGUGCGGGUGUCUGCCCCUACAUUACUAAUUGUAACUUCGCUCAUGGAAUAGAGGAGCUUCGAAAACCACCUCCUAAUUGGCAAGACAUAGUAGCUGCACAUGAAAGUGAGCGGGGAGGAGGAGCAGGAGGAGUACUGGCUGUGGAACCAAGAGAAGAACACCAGAUACCAAUAUUGACUUCUCCUGAUUUGCGCGGGGAGUCUCAAAGGUCCGCUAAAGGGAGGCAUUGCAAGAAGUUCUACACUGAAGAAGGAUGUCCUUAUGGAGAUAGUUGUACUUUCCUUCACGAUGAACAAUCACGAGCUAGAGAAAGUGUUGCUAUAAGUGUGACUCCUACUGUUGGUGGAUUUGGUAAUAAUGCUACUGGAACAACGCUAAAGCCUUCAAACUGGAAGACGAGAAUUUGUAAUAAGUGGGAGACUACUGGUUAUUGCCCAUUUGGCAGCAAGUGUCAUUUUGCUCAUGGUGUGGCAGAACUGAACAGAUUUGGUGGAGGACCUGUUGAAACAGAAGGCAAAGAUUCUCUUUUUGUUCCUCCAGAUUUAAAGCAGGCAGGAAGUUCAUUUAAGACAACGGAAAGUACAGUGCCCUCAACCAUUUCAGCGCUCCACACGGAUGUUUAUCAUCUAGGGCAGGGUGUUCAGGUACAAAGGCCGAGUAGCAUAGUUGAGAGGCCUGGCCAAAGGUUCUUUCAAAAAUGGAAAGGCCCCGAUAAGAUUAGUAAAAUAUAUGGUGACUGGAUUGAUGACAUUGAAUGAAGGAGUCAUCAUAGUUAACUACUAAUCUGUUUACCAAGAUACUGAAUAGCAAAUGUUUGCUUUCAGCCAAUAGGCAUCCAGAGGAAUUUGACCAAGUUUUUCUUUUCUUCCUUUAAACCUAAUUUAGGACAUGCCUAAUCAUGUUGUUUUAGAGCUACAAGCUAGAUUACUGCUUGUGAGCCAAUGUGUAAUCUCUGCCAUGUACUAUAGUCAACUUGUUUGUAAGAAUAAGGACUACGAUCUCUAUAUUUUUUUUUUGAGAUUUU